AUGGUGCUGUGCUCCAGUUCCAGUUCGGCAGCUGCCACAUGGAGGUGUGGUUCCAUCUAUAAGGGCUUUGCCCAGUGCCUAAUGGCCCUUGGAGACAGCCUGUCUGUUAGCACACAGAAAGAUGAGGACAACCAGGAGAUUGACUCUAUCUGCAGAUCAUGGGAUGAUUUUCAUGACUGUGCGAAUGUGGCCAUGGCAGGCUGUCCCGACGAGGCUGCUGCUGUGUGGGAGUCUCUGAGACAAGAGUCCAAAAAAAUGCAGUUUUCUGGGAACCUGUAUGAGAUGUGCUCCAACCGUGCCCAACAAGCAGCCACCACUGACACCCAGAGCCCGCCCAAUUCAGACCGGUCCAAUCAGGAGUCAUUGAAAGGACACGCCGAUCACAUUCAUCUUGGCUGUUUCACACUUCUCUCUUGUUUGUUAGUGCUGCUGUUGAUACUGAGGAUCUAA